AUGUCCAAAAUUUUCAUUGCUGUUGCUCUUCUCGCUGUCGCUGUCUAUGCUGCUCCUCCAGCACCACCAACUGGUAAGCUGUACAGUAAGUACCUUCCGUUAACAAUGAAACUUUCAGCUGAGGAAGUUAAGAAACAACUCACUGAUGCUGGACUCUCUGCCGGAGCUGCUGAUGGAGUUGUUGCUGUUGCCGAGAAGUUCAAGGAUCAGCUCGAGGCAGCCAAGGGAGACAAGGAUGCCGCAAUGAAGCUCUUCGAACAGAUCAAGACUGAAACUGAUGCCUACAUCAAGACUCAAUCAGCUGCUGACCAAGCCGCUUACCAAACCUUUGUCGAGCAGAAGAAGAAGGAAAUGGAGGCUCACCACUCUACCCCAUCCCACUAA